ACAGUAGUUGCUUUUUUAUCAACAUGUUGAAAUUUGUGAUUUUGUUGUCGGCUAUUGCCUGCGCUUUGGGGGCUGCCAUUCCUGAGGGAAUGGUCCCUGAAUUGGAUGGUCGCAUUGUUGGUGGUGUGGCUACCACCAUUAGCUCCUAUCCUUGGCAAAUCUCCCUCCAACGUAGUGGUUCUCAUUCUUGCGGUGGUUCCAUCUACAAUUCUAAGAUCAUAGUAACUGCUGCUCACUGCUUGCAAUCCGUCUCUGCAUCUGUGUUGAAGGUUCGUGCCGGUUCUUCCUACUGGAAUUCCGGUGGUGUUUUGGUGAGUGUUGCUGCUUUCAAGAAUCACGAAGGUUACAACUCCAAUACCAAAGUUAACGACAUUGCCGUCAUCCGUUUGAGCUCAUCUUUAACCAUGUCCUCCAGCAUCAAAUCCAUCGCUUUAGCUACAUCUGCUCCCGCUAAUGGUGCUGCUGCUACCGUCUCCGGUUGGGGUACUACCUCGUCUGGUGGUAGCAUUCCCGCUCAAUUAAGAUACGUCAACCUUAAGAUUGUAGGCCGCACUCAAUGUGCUUCUUCCACCUAUGGUUAUGGUAGUCAAAUCAAGUCCAGCAUGUUGUGUGCCUACACUGUCGGCAAGGACUCUUGCCAAGGUGAUUCUGGUGGCCCUCUAGUGUCCGGUGGUGUAUUGGUUGGUGUUGUCUCCUGGGGCUAUGGAUGUGCAUACACCAACUACCCUGGUGUGUAUGCUGAUGUAGCUGCUCUCCGCUCCUGGGUUGUCAGUGCAGCUUCUUCCGUUUAAAUUUGAUUGUAAAUAAAGAUUUUAAA